CAGCUCCCAGCAGUCUCCAGCAAAAUGUCGCCCGAUUCGCAGACAGGAAGUUACAGCUGCGGUUUAAGACUUGUUGCAUAAACUGCUUAAUGCUGUGAGCAACGUAAAAGGCUUGUGCCCGUAGUAACGGAGCUAGGAGUGGGGACGGGCUUAGCAAAACGGCCAGCCAGGCUGCUGUGUGUGUUGUGAUGCACUGGGGUGGGCACGGAGAGAUCAUCACCAUGGGAUCUGGCUAGCAGCUGCUCCCGUCCUGGUCUGCUACUAUACACACUCUAUCGGGUUGCACAGUAUGUGCACAUCGUAACCGCGGCGGCCGCUGCCUUUUCCGGCAGACCUGUUCGGAGAUGAAGAAGAUCUUCAGCUUCGGGAAGAAGAAAAAGAGCGGCCCUUCUCUCAGCGCCUCGGAGACCGGCAGCGUGCAGUCGGUGGGCUAUGAGCUGAAGGAUAAGGACCUGAGCAAGGUGCACCGCGCUGCCUCCUCCGGGGAUGUGGCCAAGCUCAGGCAGCUGCUGCCCAAGCAGGACAUCAACCAGCUGGACAAGGAGAACCGGGCACCAUUGCAUCUUGCUUGUGCAAAUGGACAUCUAGAUGCAGUAAAGUUGUUGGUAGAAAACAAGGCCAAGUUAAAUCUUUGCGACAAUGAUAAUCGAUCUCCUCUAAUGAAGGCUAUACAAUGUCAACAUGAGCACUGUGCAGCCAUUCUUUUAGAACAUGAAGCUGAUCCUAAUGUAGCAGAUAUUAAUGGGAAUGCCGCGCUUCAUCUUGCUGCUCUUAUCCCAUCUAUGUCCAUAGCAAGUCAGCUGCUCGAACAUGGAGCUAACAUAGAUGCUGUCAAUAAGGAGGGCUGUAAUCCACUUAUUCUUGCGGUUAUUGAAAAUCAUCAAACAAUGGUUGAGUUUUUAAUUAAAGAAGGAGCCAAUGUAAAUUCACAGGACAAGCAAAAAAGGACAUCUCUAAUAAUUGGUGCAUGCAGUGGGAACAUCAGUUUAGUGAAACAUUUACUACAAAAUAAUGCUGACAUUUCCAUAAAAGAUCAGACUGGCUUGAGUGCUGAAGAUUAUGCGGUUAUGAAUGGCCAUCAUGCCUGUUCACAUUUAAUUAUUGAACAUGGUGAAAGGAAUAAGCAUAAUGCAUCUCCUUAUUUCGGAGCUGUUAAGAAGAAAGGUUCCUCAAUGUUUAGCAGCCCUGACCGAGUACAGGAAGGUGGCUUUACCCUGGGUAGCCCAGCUUUAGAUAAAGCAGAGUUGCAAAUGACUUCAAAGCAGACAUCAAGAACAAGAGAUUCAGAGAAAGGGACUGAUGAGAUUUCUCAAGCUGAAUCUGAUUCCCGUGCCUCUGGUGAAGCAAAUUCCUGGCCUUCUUCUGAUGAAGAUGACUUGGACUUUAGUCCGAAGAAGACUUCCAAACCAAGUUUGACGCAACUGCUGCAUGCAAAGAAAAAUGUUAAGGAAAAAGAUAGUUUUACCACAGCACAGCCUAGAGGCUUUGCUCUGCAAAGUAAAUCAGAUAGUGAAGAAGACUCUGUUCAUGAUAGUGAAGAUGAAGAUGUGAAUAUCCAGUCCCCUGCUAAGCCUUUUGCCCAAGCCCAUUCUUUUCCUCAUCCUGUGUAUUUUACACCUGGUUCCUUUACAAAACCCUCCCAGCUGGCUUCUGCUUCCCUCCUCAACGUAAAAAAGGAAGAGUUGUCUGCUGGUGAUGAGAGUGAUGAGGAUGAUGUAGCUGCUUCACAUUCAGGGGGAACGGACAUUUCUGGGCCAGUGAAAGUACAGCCUGGUGGAGAAAGUACUGGCAGAAAAGUUUUAAUGUCCGAACUGGGAUUUGAGGAGGAUGAGGUCGACUCACCUUGGGAUUCUGAGUCUGCCUCAGAAAGCCCAAGAAAACAGUCUUCUAGUGACCUUCCUCAGCCUGCUGUACAGGUCCCCAUGCAGUGUAUUUCUGAGGAAUCCAAUGAAGAAGUGUCUGAGAAAAUUACUGCUCAGCAAACAAACAAGAAUAAUUUUUUGCAAUUUAACAAUGGAUCCUCUACUAAUUUAUUGGCUAAAUCAUUUGAGAAUAAUAACAAACAAGAUCUCAUGGCAGAUUUGGGUCUAGAUGAUGCAGAUGAUAUUGAAGAUGCAUCUGAUUGGGACUCAACUAGUCAUUCACUUGGAACUCAUGGCUCGAAGAGUGUGAGUCAGUCCCACAAUAAACUGAAUGACAGCUCAUCUCCAAAGACAGAACGUGAUAAUGUUGCGCCAAAAGGCUUUGCCGCAGUGCCUUCCAUCCCCUUACAUUCUGUACCAGAAGUCGAACAGGAAGAUCGUAUGAACAGAGAAAAUGACCUGUUAAAUGGGAAAGUAUUGCCCAAAGACCAGGAUGAUAUACUGAAUGAACAUAUAUUAAAGAUGCCCAACUUGAAAAUCAAUCCUGAAGUGGUUAAUCGUGUUGGGAGUGAGGAAAAUUUACAGCAGCAUGAAAAUCCACUUAUAGCACAAAACCUUCAAAACAAACAGGAGUCCUCCUCUGAUUCAGAAAUACCUUGGGAGGAAAAAUAUGAGCAAAUGUGGGUUGCUAGUGAGAAAAAAGAUGUGAAAUCUCAUUUCAAAGACAUAACUGCUGAGCUGAAGCAAAAAUUUGGGGAGAAUUCUAGAAGUAACAAAAAACCUGUUUCAAAAAACAAGAAAAGUCUAGAAAAGCUGGAGUGCUCCCUUAAUUUGCAUGCUGGAGACAAACAUUCAGCCCUAGAUAAACAGUCUACAGUCUCUGUGGAACAUAACCCAGUACAUGAACUUCAGAAACCAAGCUGCAUAGUAACGGUUCCACUUACUGUACAUAAGGAGAGUGAAAGUCUUGAAGUUAGUGGUUCCAGCCAAAGGAGCAAUAGCACAGAAAGCACAUCUCACAAGCAGACUGUCCAUAAAUCUAACAUUGUGGAAUUUGGUGCAGAUCACGCACCUUUAGUAGCAGAAGAAAAACAUCCAUCAUUUAGAAAUAAUGGUUCUGAAUUAACUUUUCCCAUGCAAAGUCAUUUGGGAAGUACAUUUUCACUGUCUUCUGAAGGGCAAGAGAAGGAUUUGAUCAAUCCCAGCUCUGUAAAAUUAGGUGAUAUAUUACUGCAUGCUGAAAAUAAUGUGCCUUCUCUGAAAAAUGGAAAUAAAACCCAGCAAUAUAAAGAUUUUAGCCAGCAUCCAAGUAAUGAGCGUCACCAUCUACCAAGUCGUCUUGAAGGGGAAAAUGCAUCCCGAUCCUUCUCUUUUGAAAUGCCUAACGAGAGUCUGGAUAAACAACUGGAGCAAGAUAUGAGAAGAUUUAAGAACGAGGUAGGAAUGCUACAAAUGGUGUUCCAGAAUUUAACACAAGAGAGAACAGAACUUCAGAAAGAGGCUGAGCAUGAAAAAGACAUUAAUCUGACCAGACAAAUGAAAUCGGAGAAGUUAAAAAGCAGUGGUGUCAGCAGUCCUGAUGUACAAACAGAACCAAAUGUUCAGCUACAAACAACAAAUUCAAAAUCAAGCUUGUGUAAAGGGUUACUUGGUAAACAUGUUGAUGAAAAUCACGAGAUGAAUGAUGAUAUGGACGACUCCUCGCAUUCCUCUGACACUGCCACUGAGGAUUAUGAAUUGCCUACUUCAACUUUCAGAAAUUCUAUGUUACUGAUCGAACAACUUAAUCUUGAUGGCCAAGAUUCUCUAAACUUACUGAAAAUACAAAAUAUUAUUCAUGAGUAUGAAAGAAUAAUAGAAAAAGAAAAAGGACAGCAUGCUCUCCUGUCACGAGAAGUAAAAAAACUACGUAAUGAACGGAAAGAAAUGCAGCAAGUUAUGGAAACAAACAGAGACCUGAGGUCUAUGUUGGAACAGCACAAAGUGGAAUGGGAAAGUGACAUUAACAAUUUAAGAUUUACUCUUAAACAAGAAGAAGAAAAGAGACAGAGUGCAGAAAUGCUGUUUGAUAAGAGCAAAGAACAACUAAGGAAAAAAGAAAAUCAAUGUUGCAAAGAAAUGGAAGAAAAGCAACAGCUUGAAUUAACUUUAAGAAACCUAGAACUUGAAAUGAGAAGCCUGAGGAACAGCUUGAAACAGGUUGAAGAAGAACGCAGUGAAACUCAGCGGUUAUAUGCUCAAGAACACAGUGCCAGAGUACUUCAAGAUGCAGUUUUAAAUAAUAUGAAGAAGAGUGAAGAGGAAGAAAGCAAGAAAUUACUGGCUAAGAGUUUUGAGGUACAAAGCCAACCUUCUGAGACGAGUGAAAAGGUAGCCACUUUAACGCAGCACAACAUAACACUGCAAGAUGAAAAUAACAUUCUUAAACAACAGCUGGAACAAGUACGAUCUCAUUGUCAAGAGGAGGAGAGCAGAUAUAUUGAUGAAAAUGAGAUGUUAAAGGAGAAAAUUGAAGAUUUAAGAAAAGAUCUCAAAAUGAAUGAGGAAUCCUUCACCCAAACUGUAAUCCAAUGCAAUGGACAACUUAAUGCACUAAAGACAGAGACAACUAUGCUAUGUUCCAAGCUGGAGCAUGAGAAACAAGGCAAGGAAAGACUAGAGACUGAACUGGAGGCAGUACGUUCACGGUUGAACUCUGGUUUACAAGAACUUGAAAAAAGUCAGGCAAUAAAAACUGACACAGAGCGCACGUUGCAAAGAGAACGUGAUGAAUGGUUGCGUUCCAAAGACAAACUAACUCACGAGCUGUCUAGCUUGCGUGAAAACAGCAACAACCUAUCCCAACAGCUAAGCAGAGCGGAAGCCAAGGCAAACGGUUUAGAAAAUGAGCUUCACAGAACAGGAUUAUCUCUGCAAGAGAGAGCUCUCUUUUUAGAAAGCACACAAAGGGAUUUAACACAAGCACAGUGCAAAAUAAAAGACCUUGAGCAAACCCUGCAGGUUGAAAAAGAUCAGAUCAGCAAAAGCACUAUAAAGCAAGAGUCAAUGCAGGAAAGACUGGCCCAUAUUACCAGUGAGAAUAUGCAGCUUCGUCAGCAGCUAGAAGAGGUUCAGAAUAAGGACAUCAUCAAAGAAAAGACAGUCAGUGAGGCACAGGACAGAUUUACAGAUCUGUUCAGUAAGCUGCGAGCAGAUUCUGAGAGACAAGUUCACAUAAUUGAAGAAAGAAACAAGGAUUUGAUCAAUAAGUCUAAUGAGCACAGAGAACAAAUUUAUAAGCUUGAAACUGAAAAAGUUGAACGAGAGAGCACUAUAAGACAACUCCAGCAGGAACUUGCUGAUGCUUUGAAGAAGUUAUCCAUGUCCGAGGCAUCUCUUGAAGUAAUAACACGUUAUCGGAAUGCCCUUGAGGAGGAAAAACAGUACUUUCUGAAAGAACUAGAGAAACUCAGAGCGAAGCUGCAAGAUCUUGAAGACCAAUAUAUUCAAUCAGAAAGACGUAACCAUCAGUUAAAGAAUGCAUUGGAUGAUAAAGAGAGAGACGCAAGUACUGCAUUUCAGAAGGUGCAGGAAUUCUCUUUUGAAAGAGCUGCUGCUGAAAAAGCAGUUAAACAGCUGGAGGAUCAUGUACAAAAACUUGAAAUUGAAAAUGCCAAAAUUGAGGCAACUGCUAAACAACAAAUGGGACAAAUUGAUAUACUUCAGAAAGAGCUACAUGAGGCAGUUUCUAUUCGAAAUCGUUUGGAAGAUUUAGUAACUAAUUUACAGUCCUCUAAAAUUGGUUUGGAAGAGAAGAUAAACAAUCAGGUGCAUAAACAAACCGCUUUGAGCCAAAGUGCACACGAGUCUCAUAAUCUGUGGGAGGAAGAGCUGAAGUCACGAUCACGACUGGGUAUCCGUCUGGCGGAACUUGAAAGGUCAAACUCUACUUUAGCUGAUCAGGUUGGAACUGAGAAAAAGAAAGUGAAGAAGUUGGUAGACAUGAAGAAAUCAAUAGAAGAGCGAUUUGACCAGGAAGUGAAAAGGAACAAUGAUUUGCAGCGAGAAGUGAUGGGACUGAAGAAACUUUUGAAAAACACUAAAAAGAAACUGAAAGAGUUUGAAGCCAGUGAUCGAGAACAGAACAAUUUAAAGGAAGGUGCAAGGAGCAGUCACCAUGAAAUGGACAGUGAAGUUCUCAAACUUAAAGAAAAGGUUGAAGAACUUUCCUCGCAUUUAGAAAAAGAAUCCAGAAAAUACAUGCAACUGGAAUCAGCAACUCGUGACACACAUGAACAGAUGUCUUCAAUGAAGAUUUUACAGAAGAGUAAUGAACGGUUAGAAAGAAGCAAAAGGCUGUUGGAGGAGGAGGUAGCUGAGCUCAGAAGACAUAUCGACUCAAGCAAGAUGGAUCACGGUUACAUGGAGAAGUAUAAAAGGGAAAUUGAUGAGAGAGGAAGGCAAGAAGUACAACAGAAGCUAGAGGAAGUCAACCUGUUCUUCCAGGUAGAGCAAAUGAGAGCUGAAAAUGAUGCUUCUAUCAGAAAUCAGCUGGAGCAUAGAAUUGAAGAUCUAGAAUCUGAACUCAACAGACUAAAGAGCACACAGCAAGAAAAUAUAAGUCACAAAGAUGCCACUCAGUUAGAAUUGAACAGGGUCAAAGACUUGUAUGCAGAAGAACAAAGGAAUAGAAAGUCUUUGACUUCAAAACUAGAAAGAGCAAAUGAAAGGGUUGCGGAAUCCAACGCCAAACUACUUAAUGAGCGGCAAAGGAGCAAGUCAUUAAUUGCAAGCAGUUUUCUAAGUGGAAGCUUGGUGGACAGUCCUGUUCUAGAUACAAGUCCACUUGCAAAUCUUGGCAAUAAUCUAACAUUCAGCAGAAGUUUUGGACUUGGCGGGAGUUUUUUUAAUUCAGUCAGCAAUGAUUUGGCUGCAAAUAGAGUGGAGUCUUAUAUUGCGAAGAUGCAACAGGAGCUGGAAAAAAAUAUCACUAAAGAACUGGACCAAGCGAAUGCUGAGCUGGAUGUGGGAUGUACCAGAGUGUCCCCAGUGGGUUCAAUAGCUGGUUCUCUGAGAAACUUGCAUAACGACCAAGACCCAGUUUCCAGAGCAAAACAGCAGUAUCUAGAGGUCUUAAAGAAGAAUUACAAGAUCUAAACACUAGUGAAACAAUUGUUUACAUGAAACUGGUUUAAUAUAAUGUGAAACAUGUGCUAACCACCUGUCCAUUUUGCACAUUGCACUUGUUACAGAAAUAACUUGUACUUUACUAAUGUAAAUAUUACAAUGCGUGACUCUUACAGGUAGUCUUAGCAAUUCAUUUUCUACAUGUUUGUUAGAGUUUAUCGUGCUCCCUCUAUUACAUAAUCUCUUACAAAUUUGCAUGUUCAGCAUCAUAUUUUGGCUCCAUAGAUCUGUGGGCACAUAAAAUAUAUUUGUAAUAUUUCUACAAUAACUGUACAGACCUCCUGCAGAUGACCUUCUGUUACAUAUUUGGUAUGAUACACAGCCUUUCUAGCAUCCUAACCACUGCAGAAACUUCAUUUUGUAAGAUACAUAUGAAAUAUUUGUGCAUCAUGCUCUUAUGUUUCAUACUACAAACUGUGCUAUAUUUUUAUAUUUCAGAUGUUCACUGUGUUUUGUUAAUCAUGUGACAGUAUUUACGUAAAGUGUUAGUGCCAAGAACAUUUUAGAAUGUAUUUUUAUAAACUCAAAAAACAAUGUAUACACUGCUGCUGAAAAUGAAAGGUACUAAGUUACAAUGUUCCAUUGUUUCAGAUUCAAACUUUCUCUUUACUGCCUUUUUUUUUCCAUAUAUAUACUGUAUACCAGUGGUUUCCAAACUCGGGGGCCUAAUUCCGCAUGAGUUGUAGUUUUGCGAGAAAUCGCAAAACUACAACUCAUAUCUCCAGCAUGCGGGGUGCUGCCCACGCAGACAACACAGCCAUGCAUAUGGUCUGGACACGCCUGCUGGAAUAUUCACCACACUAUGAAUAAUAUCCCUAGAGCCUCCUAUUUUUAAAGGCGAAACUGACAUUGUGAAUUUGUGGAGACAGAAGCAUGUUUUAAAAUAAGUAUUUAUUUCAGAUCUGCCCUGAAUACUAUGUUUACAACUGUAUUUAUUCAACUUUACAGUAAACCUUUCUAUAUUUAAAA